AUGAUUGGCACGUCGAUACCGGAGUACAUCUUCAUCCGUAUAUGCAUAUUUAUGCUGCAGUAUACAACACCGCUCUGCAUACUAUGUCUAGCUCUCUUGGCAGCAGCCUAUAGCUGGUCCCUCUCAGCGGUACUAUCCCAUUCUCUGGGCAUAGUGUCACUUCUCUACUGCAUCGUUGACGUGCUGUACGCUAUUUUGAUCUACAUCCCGCACAAUCGGCGGUUAAAGAACGAAGUAAAGCAUCCACCUCAGCUCUCACGUGAAGAACGUCGUGCUCUAUUCCAGCGCUGCUUCGCAAACAUACCUGACGCCCGGCGCUAUGUCCAGAUGUGGUUCCUUGGCGCAGACGAGUCCGAGAUACGGAGAGACAACGUACGCGACUUUAUUCUUUGGGCAUUCAUUGAUAAGGGGCCGGGCCAGGAGUCCGACGAAGAAGAUAAAGAACUAGACGAGUAUAUAGAAAUUGUCGAAGAGCGCUUAGGACGUAGGUUAGAACCGGGAAGAGGGAAGGCUGACGGUCUCCGAUUGACUCUGGACGAAGUGGAAACCCGAUAUAGAAGUGUUGUGUGGUAUUUUCUCGUGGGACUGGUUGACUUUGUGUCGCAUUGCCGAUUAGCGCGUAACGGGUUUCAUUAUCAUGCUCACUCGCCGUCUAAGACCCGCUCCGUCAUCCCUCCGCGCUUACAAGACCUCUUCGCCCAGAGGUAUUCCGAGUCAGAGGGAUUCACUUACUGGCACCGUCCGCAUACCGCUUCUAAUAGACUUCCCGUUGUGUUCUUGCAUGGUAUCGGUAUCGGCCUUUACCCGUAUGUGCCAUUCCUCGAUCGACUGAACUCGGGAUCAAAAGAACAGGAUGGAGAGGGACAGAUAGGUAUUAUUGCCAUCGAGAUGCUCCCGGUGUCUUUCCGGCUCACGGAGGAGCCAUUGGGCAGGGCCGAAUUCCUAAGGCAGGUUGCUACGAUUCUAGAUGCGCACGGGUGGGACAAGUUCGUGUUGGCAUCCCAUUCGUAUGGAACCGUCUUGGCAACCCACAUGCUGCGCUCGGAAAGCCUAACCGACCGCAUCUCUUCGGUAGUACUCAUCGACCCCGUGACUAUCUUGCUGCAUCUACCAGAUGUAGCAUACAACUUUACUAGACGCAGGCCUAAAGGGGCUAACGAGUGGCAGCUAUGGUACUUUGCGAGUAUGGACCCAGGGGUGGCGCACUGCCUUGGGCGGCAUUUCUUUUGGAAAGAUAAUAUUGUUUGGAAGGAAGAGCUAUUGGGAGUGGCAAGGCGAUCACCUGCAGAAGUAGGUGGUGUGGGUGAUCAGGGGGGCCAGGCUACUGCAAGACCGCGGCGAAAGGUAGCGGUGUGUCUUGCAGAACGAGAUUUGAUUGUCGACACUUCAGUGGUGGCCCAAUAUUUGUGCGCUGAUGGUGAUGGAUGGGUCACCCCCAACCCUGCAGAUAAAGGAGAUGCCAGGCUUGAGGAGCGGUCUAUAGAACGAGAAAUAUUGGGGGAUAGUCUUCUCACACGCGACGGGAUCGAGCUGCUCUGGUUUCCGGGAUUAGACCAUGCUCAAGUGUUUGACUCGAAGCAGACUCAGGAUCGACUUUGCAGGGUAAUACGCCGUCAUUGUAUAAAAUAG